AUGUCUGGUGCUCGGAACAUUUCCAAUGCCCUACGAAGGGCUCGUUUACCUCGCCCUCGGGUCCACCUCCGACCGGUCCUUCCUCAAUCGCCUUUAACCCAUGCGACCGCCCUUCGGAGCUUUAGCUCAACACCGCUGCGUGCCAGCACCAAGGAGAUCAAAUAUACCAGCGAAGCGUACAACAUCCAGCGUGACCCAAAGUUCGCCGAGGUCACCGCCGACGAUGUGGCUUUCUUUAAGAGCCUUCUCGGCUCCGAGUCCGCCGUCGUGGAUGGUGUCACUGCCGACGCAACAGACGACAUCGAACCUUUCAACAGCGACUGGAUGCGCAAAUACCGGGGCCAUACCCGCCUUGUCUUGAAGCCUCAGUCCACCGAGGAGGUCAGCAAGGUGCUUAAAUACUGCAACGAGCGCAAACUGGCUGUCGUCCCCCAGGGUGGUAACACGGGGUUGGUCGGCGGUUCGGUCCCGGUCUUCGACGAGAUCGUGGUCAACACCUCGCGCAUGAACCAGAUCCGCUCCUUCGACCAGGCUUCGGGCGUCUUAGUCGCGGAUGCCGGGGUCAUUCUUGAAACCGCUGACUCGUACCUCGCUGAGCGCGGCCACCUUUUCCCCCUCGAUCUGGGAGCUAAGGGCUCAUGCCACAUUGGUGGUAAUGUCUCUACCAACGCGGGUGGUCUGCGUUUGCUUCGUUACGGUAGUUUGCAUGGUACGGUGCUUGGCCUUGAAGCGGUCCUGCCGGACGGGACCAUUGUCGACUCCCUUUCUACCCUACGCAAGAACAACACGGGUUACGAUCUCAAGCAGCUCUUCAUUGGCUCCGAGGGCACCAUUGGCUUGGUCACUGCAGUUUCCAUUUUGUGCCCGCCACGACCUAGGGCGGUGAAUGUCGCCUACUUUGGUCUGGAGAGCUUCGAGCACGUGCAAAAGGCAUACCUCGAGGCUAAGAACCAGUUGUCGGAGAUUCUGUCAGCCUUUGAGCUGAUGGACGGCCGCAGCCAGGGCCUUGUCCACACUUCUACUGGGAACAAGUAUCCACUGGAGGGCGAAUACCCCUUCUAUUGUCUGAUUGAGACCAGCGGUUCGAACGCUGAGCAUGAUAUGGCCAAGCUGGAGGCCUUCCUCGAGCAUGUCAUGGGCGAAGGCAUCGUUGCCGACGGCGUCUUGGCUCAGGACGAGACUCAGUUCCAGGCCCUCUGGCGCUGGCGGGAGGGUAUCACUGAGUCCCUCAGCCAUCUGGGCGGUACUUACAAGUACGAUGUCUCUAUUCCCCUUGCAGAGCUGUACCAGCUGGUGGAGGACUGCAAUUCGCGCCUUACUGAGAUGGGCUUUGUGGGCGAUGACGACUCCUUCCCCGUGCGUGCGGUCGUUGGCUACGGCCACAUGGGUGACUCUAACCUCCACUUGAAUGUUUCCGUGCGCCAGUAUAACAAAGAAGUCGAGAAGGCUAUCGAGCCUUGGGUGUAUGAGUGGAUCCAGAAGCGGAACGGUAGUAUCAGUGCCGAACAUGGGUUGGGUAUUGCCAAGCGGCAGUACAUUGGAUACAGCCAGAACGAGACCAUGGUGAACUUGAUGAAGCAGCUUAAGGGGCUCUAUGAUCCGAAUGGCAUCAUGAACCCAUACAAAUACAUCUAG